CAUGCAUGCUACAUGUACUAUUGACCUCUCACUAUCCUGUCACAACUUCCUUUGUGGUCCAUCUCCAUCCCAUUACCAAACACAGAUAAGUUAUAUACUUAAAUGCCAUACUAGCAACUUCAGUUGAAGGGGUGAAAGAAAUAGAUAGAUAUUAUGGAGUGGAAUUGCAACACAACACACUUUCUUCAUCCACCAGACUCUUCCUUAAGCUUCCUCUACAACUACAACCAAACCUCAUUUCAAGGAAUGGAAGUGAAACAACAGGGGUCGACAGAGACAGUUCUAGAAAUGGAAAAAAUGAUGAAGUACGGAAACCAAGACAAGAAAAAGCGAUUAACGAGUGAACAAUUGGAAACAUUGGAGAGUAGUUUCCAAAAGGAGAUAAAAUUAGAUCCUCAAAGGAAGAUGAAGCUUUCAAAAGAGUUAGGAUUGCAGCCUCGCCAAAUUGCUGUUUGGUUCCAAAAUAGGAGGUCAAGAUGGAAGACCAAGAACCUUGAACAAUUGUAUGAUUUACUUAAACACCAAUUUGAUGUCGUCUCUAAAGAAAAACAGCAGCUUCAAGAUGAGGUAAUGAAGUUGAAGGGUAUGCUGAAAGAGCAAGGUUCUUCAUCUUCUUGUGGUAAAACGCAAGUAUCAGCAGUAGAUUAUCAUUAUAGAGAAAUGUCUGGAGAAGAAACAGAGACAAUAGAAAGCACAUCAGAGGCAGCUCUAUUUGGCUCCAACAGGGUGAGGGAAAAGAUUCAUCAUCACUUGAACAAUGCAGGGGGAAACUUUUGUUUCAAUAUGGAGAAUAAUUAUAACAUGAAUAACACUGUUCCAGUUUUACCCUACUGGCCUGCUGUUCCUUAUAACUAUCGGUCCUAAUUAUAUUAUUAACUUAAUCUGUUUUUAACAACAGCUUUAUCUGAGUCAGAUUAGUUUCCUUAUGUGUUGUCCAUACCUUUUUUCACUUAAAAUACAAUUAUGUGCCUAACUGUAAGUUUUUUCAUAAGUGUA